CUUGGUCCUCUCAUUCAGCAGAUGAUGCCAGUCGUGGAAGCUUCUCCAGUAUAUGAAAUGGCUCGAAAUGCUUCAGGUGAUGUGUUGAAACUUUUACUUGACACUGCUGGAACAACGAUUCUAAAUAACGAUCAAGAAGCUCUGAAGUCAUUUACUAAUUUGGUGGAUCAAUUGCCCUCAGUAUUUGGUGAGGUUGGACAAGGGGUGUCGGAAUUUCGGCCGUCACCACUAGAGAAUCGAAAUCGCUUCAAGUGCUCCUACAGUGUUCCACACACUUUACUGGUACAAUUCAACUCCGAUGCAAUCGAUGAGACUGAUUUGCUUGAAGAAACCCUUAGGCCUAGGAUAGAAUCUAUCGGCGGUACACUUGAAAAAGUCCGGCUUAGUGGAAACCAUCUGACACCUUGCAUACAGGACCCAAAGUGGCAGAUUGGGUCUGUGUACACACCAGCAGACGCUGUGGCUCAGGCGCUAAAGACGAUUCCUCUUAGCGAAACUCGAGUUCUUUCGAGAACUAUCGCCGACUGGUUUAGACAGUUUGAGAAUUGACCUGUCUCAUGUAUUGAACGAAGAUAUAAAUUGACGAACAAGACCAGCCUUUGAUCAUUUUCCGAACAUACAUCCUUGUCUGAACCAAAAAAUAACAUCUAGAAUAUGUAUAGACAUGUAUAUACAGUACAUUGGGGAAGCGUUACAAAGAUUUUCAUUGUUAA